UAUAAAUAACAUACAUCAUCAACCAUUUUUCAUACAUUCAAUCACUACCAAUUGCUCAACAUUUUUCACUCACUACACACUAUAACUGCUUUCUGGAGAUGGCUUUAACUUCUUCUUACAUGCUUUUAUUCCCUCUUCUAGUGAUCAUUGCCUUUGCUGGUGACUUCAACAAAGACUUUGAUCUCACUUGGGGAGAUGGCCGAGCCAAGAUACUCAACAAUGGAGAGUUGCUCACUCUGACACUGGACCAAGCGUCUGGUUCGGGAUUCCAAUCAAAGAAUGAGUAUCUCUUUGGGAAGAUUGACAUGCAGCUCAAGCUUGUCCCUGGAAACUCUGCUGGCACUGUCACCGCCUAUUAUUUAUCUUCAAAGGGAUCAACUUGGGAUGAGAUAGACUAUGAAUUUCUGGGGAAUCUAAGCGGUGACCCCUACAUUCUUCACACGAACGUUUUCAGCCAAGGCAAAGGGAACAGGGAACAACAAUUCUAUCUGUGGUUUGAUCCAACUGCUGAUUUCCAUACUUACUCUAUCACGUGGAACCCCCAGCGGAUUAUAUUCUCCGUUGAUGGCACUCCCAUUAGAGAGUUCAAGAACUCAGAGGCCGUUGGGGUCCCCUUCCCAAAGAAUCAGCCCAUGAGGAUAUACUCAAGUUUGUGGAAUGCUGAUGACUGGGCAACAAGAGGUGGACUUGUGAAGACAGAUUGGACACAAGCUCCAUUCACAGCUUCCUACAGAAACUUCAAUGCUCAAGCUUGCAUAUGGUCUUCUGGAGCAUCGUCUUGUGGUUCGAGUGCUUCUGAAUCCACCGGUGGCUCAUCGUGGCUUUCGCAGGAGCUGGACUCCGCAGGCCAACAGAGGUUGAAAUGGGUGCAGAGGAACUACAUGAUAUACAACUAUUGCACAGAUGCGAAGCGUUUUCCACUGGGUUUUCCUCCCGAAUGCAACAUCUCUUGAGAGAAACACAAAGCGAUGCAGUACUUUUACCUUAUGUUCUUCUAGGAUCAGAGUGCCAUUCCGAUAUUUGUGUAUUUAUGUAGCUAUUAUACCUAAAUUCUUUCAUUUGUUCGUUCCCCUGCUGGUCAUCACUGUGUUAACAGCCAUUUUUGUAAUAGAAAAUACGUUCUUUUCUAUAAUACUUUUUUUCUUGCA